ACCCAGUGAGUUGUGACUUCAAAUAAAGAAUUUAUAUAAAAAAUAUUCUUCCAAUUAGAAUUAAUAAAAAUACAAAAACAAAAUAAGCAAUAAUGUCCCACCAAACUGGUAUCAAAGCAAAUGAUCAACUAUUAAAAGUCUUUGGCAAAAGUAAAAAUGGCAAAGUGAGAGUUAUUAAAGUAUCCAUAGAAAAUGAGGAACUUGUUAGCGCUGGAACUCAAGAUGUAAAAAAGGACUGGGAAAAAGACUAUGACAAACUAAUCGGUCCCAUGAUUGAGGAAUCAAUUCCCUGCUAUAUUCUCUAUCGUUUAGAUAGCAAAACAUCUCUUGGUCAUGCUUGGCUCCUAAUUAGUUGGGUCCCCGACACUGCAAGUGUCCGACAAAAAAUGGUUUACGCUUCAACCAAAGCCACGCUGAAACAAGAAUUCGGUUCAGCACACAUCACAGAAGAACUCCAUGCCACUGGCAGUGAUGAAAUUACUCUCAAUGGCUACUACAAGAAUAAGAAAGCAUUUGCUGCUCCAGCUCCGUUAACAAUGCGCGAAGAAGAGAUACAGGAAUUAAAAAAGACUGAAGUCAAUACAGAAAUCAGCACCGAUACGAGACAUCAAACACUUGGAGGUGUCUCUUGUCCCCUUUCAGAGGCAACUAUUGCCGCUGUGAGAGAUAUGGUAAAGGGGUCAUAUGGAUAUCUUCAAUUUAGAAUUGAUUUACAGGAAGAAAAAAUACACAUUGUGAAUGCCGCCAAUAUUGCCCUCGAAGAGCUUCCCAAACAAAUACCCGAAGAUCAUGCCCGUUACCACUUGUUCCUCUUCAAACACACCCACGAAGGUGACUACCUCGAAUCGUUUGUCUUCAUUUACUCAAUGCCUGGUUACUCGUGCUCCGUCCGGGAGCGAAUGAUGUACUCCAGCUGUAAAGCACCAUUUUUGGAGGCUUUGGAAGCAUUGGGAGUUCAAGUCACCAAAAAGUUGGAAAUCGAUAGUGGAUCAGAAUUAACUGAAGAAUUCCUCCAAGAUGAGCUCCAUCCAAAGAAGAUACUCCACCGACCCGCAUUUGCCAAACCCAAGGGACCGCCCAAUCGUGGCGCUAAGCGUCUUACGCGUCCCCAGCAAUCUGACUGAAGAAUUUAUGUCCUCCAUCGUUCGUCGUGUGUGUUGACCGACCCCUCGUUACGAUUCUUAACCGUAUUUGCUCGCAUUUAUUCUUGUGCAUAGAAAUUAGCUCUCGUGGGUUUGUGUGCUUACCGUUAACUCAAGCUGCGAUUUACUUAUAUUAUACAAUUUAUUCAAUUUAUUCUUCUCUUUUGUGUAUUUUUUUGUUUUUCUAUUUUUUUGUGUUCGUUCUUUUUGUGUGCCUCUAAAAAGAGGAGGAUAGCAAUAAUAUAUAUAUUUUUUAAUUCUCUAAAAUGAA